AUGCCCGUUGAUGGACACCCCGUUGCUCUGCCGCAGGCCAUGAGAGAGUUGACAGGUGGGCAGGUACCUGGACAUGCUGCAACAGCUCACUGGUUUCCGGCCACAGGAGGAGACUGCACUGGCUGGGGCCAGUCGUCUGUAGCUGACGACUAUCCGAGACCAUUUGGAGUCAGCUUGAGAUUUCAUCAUCUUGAGGAUGAGCGGCUAGAUGAUAUACCCCAGUACAGCUGGGGUGCUGCUGUUCUCGCCUACUUGUACAGGCAGUUGUGCCGGGCGACCAUGGGCACCCAGCGUGACGUUGCUGGAUUUUUGCUGCUGCUACAGGUUUGGGCCUGGGAGCGGUUCAUGCAGUUGCAACCACCUCUAACACCAUUAGCUCCGGGUGUACCACCUCCGUUUCUCCCUCUAGCUAGGAGGUGGGUUCUCCGACGGGGAUAUGGACGAGAGUACGAGGCUCGACAUAAUCUCCCCUUGUGCAGAGAUUUGUUAGAUUUGCUGGAGGGCGCACAAUUCAUCUGGACGCUAUACAGCGACUCGCUAAUAGCUGGCUUGCCCGAUUAUUGCUCGGCCGUCCGACUUAUUUGGAGCUCUUCUGUCCCGUUGAUGUGCCUUGAUAUUGUGGAGCAUCAUGCCACCGAGUGGGUACUUCGCCAGUUUGGCCGUCCGCAGCUUGUACCACCUACCUGGCAGACCAUACAUUUCCAGCGGGAUGAUCGUUCCAGGGUGGACCAUGCAUAUGCGGCAUGGCUAGAGGUGCAGAUCGAUACUUGGGACUGGCGACUUGACCUGAUUCCGCCCCCUCCUUCACCGUGCCAUACGAAUACUGAGCAUGAUUAA